UGAGACUAGGGGAAAGAGAGAGUGUAUAUAUAUGUGUGUGUGAGGAAGAGACAGGGAUAGAAUGAAUAAGUAUUGAAGUGGGUGUGUAUACAAACAGAGAGAUUGAGUGAGAGACAAAUGAAGCAAGGUGCGAGUUGGAAGACACGGCAACAGGCGGCUGAGAAAUGGAAGUAUUUUCUUUCAUUCAAGUUGACGAUGGAUAAUUAGUUGGACUAAUUUCAUUCUCUUUGAUGAAGGGGGUAAUUACUGGAAGCUGCAAACAUUGCUGCUGCUGCUACUUUUUUUGUUUGUUAUUACUGUAGUAACUGGUACUGUCUGUACUAGUAACUGUGGUGGCAUGUUCUCUAUUAUGGUUCAUUACUGUGCAUGCCGGCUGCUUCACGGUCCGCUGGCUGGCCUCGUGUUACUCACUUAGAAAGUUCCGUAAAUUGUUUGCUCCUGUCACAGUAUCAAAUCUUCACUGGUAACUAAACUCAAGGCCAGUAGCUUUAUUUAUACACACGUAUACAUUCCAAACACAUACGCACACAUACACACAUAUAUAUGUAUAUAUACACAUACAGAUAUUGUUUACGUUUGUUACGGUGACGUAGUGUUAUUGCACAUUUAUUUUGCUGUUCUGAUUCCUUUCACGUGUUUUUGUUUCUUCGUUUAUUGACUCGAAUGUGCUCGCCUGUGUGUAUGCGUGUAUGUGUGUGUGUGUAUGUGUGUGUGUGAAUGUGUGUGUGUGAAUGUGUGUGCGUGUGAUCGUAUGUUGCAGUGAGAUGUAAGCAUGCUAAUAUAGUUUCAUUUAUUUGAGGAAAUGUUUACAAGUGCACAAACAGCCCCCACGAGUCGUAAGGCAGAAAUAUGGUUAUAAAAAUAUAUAUCUAACUGAAUGCAGGUAUUAACUAUCGAGGAAGAAAAAAAAAGGGGACUUGUAUAAUUAGAUACGAAUCCAUACAUGUUUUUUACACACGUACAAAUAUUUACACAAAUAUAUGCAUUAGUAGUUCCUUGCAUGAUCAUUGUUAUCACACUUUAGAUUAAUCGCUUUGUUAAACUAUAAAUAAAUUAAUUUCCCCACCUUGAGUACGUAGGGUGUAAACAUCCAAAAACACAACGGCUUAGAUCUAAACACCUAUUUUUACACCUUCCUCUCUCUUGCUAACUCUCUAUCUUUCUCUCCCCCUCUCCUUCUCUCUCUCUCUCUCUCUCUCUCUCUCUCUCUCUCCUUCUCCCCAUCUGUUUAUCUCUUUCUUUCUCGCUCUCUCUAUAUAUAUUUAUACAUACAUAUAUAUACAUACACAUACACAUACAAACGUACAUACAUGUUUAUAUUCCAUUAUAUAUUUAUACAUCGAAAUUAAUAUGUCUCCAAGAAGUUAAUUCUACACCUCCUCUCACUUCCUUAUACACCCACUCAUAUUUACAUGUGUGUAUGUGUUUGUGAAAUAUGAAAGAUAGAUUGAGAUAGAUCCAACAAACCUAAGCUAUACGUGUUUUGUGUAUGCAUGUUUAUAGGCUGGUGUAUACACGCAUGUAUGUGUAAAUUUAAUUUCUAAACAUUCUCCACCAUACUUCACCCCGUUCCAUAAGGAAUUCUUCAAAAUCGGUAACUGAUUGGCGUUACUUGAUAUUUUUAUAGAUUUUUGAAUAAUGAGUACCCAACCGAGAAAAGCACAUCUCUAGGAUUAUAUCCAAAACAAAGAAGAAACGAAAAAAAAAAAAGAAAAAAAAAAAAGAAGCAGAAAGGAAACUAGAAUCAUUUGUAAAUGUUACUGUAGUCGUUCUAUUUCUAAACCCGAAAUGAUCAUUUCAUUUCAGCCGAAGAAGCGGAAUAUUUAUUUAAUUAUGAAACCUUUAUGUUUAUUUUUUUUUACCUUGUUUCAUACUCUUUGUUUCUUAAACGGAUUAGAAGUUAAUAAUAACAACAACAAUAAUAAUAAUAAUAACAAUAAUAAUCUAAAUGAUAUUAAUCUCAACAAAAGCAAAAAUAACAACGAUAAUAAUGAUAAUAAUAACACGUUGGAGAAAAUCCUGAGGAUAUCGGUUAUUUUGCCAGAGAACAAUUGGUAUUCUUAUUCUAUUUCGAGGACGCGUCCAGCACUGGAGUACGCUGUAGAAUCUGUCAAAUAUCGAUACAAUCUGCUACCAAACUAUAGGAUUGAACUUUACUAUAAUGAUUCCAAAUGUUCCGACAUUUUUGCUCCCUUGGCCGCCAUUGACAUGCGAAAAUUGGCCCAUGUAUUCAUUGGGCCCGUUUGUGAGUACAGCAUUGCACCAAUUGCCAGAUUUUCCCCUUACUGGGGAAUUCCUGUGUUGAGUGCUGGGGCAAUGGUAAAUGCUUUCAGAAAUAAAACUAAUUACAAGCUGUUAACACGAGUUCAUGGAACGUUUUAUAAAGCCGGCGAGUUUUUCUUGAGAAUGUGUCGGCAUUUUAAUUGGACGAAAAUUGGUUUGAUGUACGAACAAUAUGAAGACGAUUCGAAAGGGAUGUCACGUUGCUAUUUCACCUUAGAAGGUAUAUUUAAAAAUUGGAAUUCCUACUAUAACACAGAAGUUUGGAAUUUAAAAGUUUAUGACACUAUCGAGGAUUUCACCGAGCAUCUUUUAAAAGCGUCAUUGGAGGCUAGAAUCAUUGUUUUAUGUGCAUCACCCGAUACAGUGCGAGAAAUAAUGAUCAAAGCAGCUGAACUGAAUUUUGAUAACGGAGAAUAUGUUUUCUUCAAUAUCGAUCUGUUCCGAAGCAAGGCGGCAUCAGAGAGACCAUGGUACCGUGAAAAUGAUACAAAGAACGAUAUUGCAAAGAAAGCAUUCGAAGCUUUGAUGACCGUAACUUUAAGGAAACCGGACAGCCCUGCCUAUAAGGUGUUCUCUCAGAAGGUAAAGGAAAGAGCUCAGAUGAACGGCAGCAAUUUUACAUAUGGAGAAGAAGAGGUAAACAGCUUUGUUGGAGCAUUCCACGACGCGGUGAUACUUUAUGCUAAAGCUUUAAACGAAACUUUGGAAGCCAAUGGAUCGAUCAGUGACGGAAAGGCUAUUACAGAGCGCAUGUGGAAUCGAACAUUCGAAGGUAUCACAGGAAAUGUAAGCAUUGAUGAGAACGGGGACAGGAAUGCAGAUUACUCUCUUCUUGAUAUGACCGACCCAUUGUCUGGUCGUUUUGAGGUUGUCGCAAACUACUAUGGGAGAACAAAAAAGUAUGAACCUGUUCUGAAUAAAAAGAUUCAUUGGCCAGGUGGUUGGCAAACUGCACCGCCAGAUACACCAAAAUGUGGCUUUGAUGGUUCUAAAUGCCCCCCAGACCGACCAUUCCCACUCUACGCUAUUAUAAUCUCUGUACUCGGGACACUUCUUGUUGUGGUUGCUAUUUUGGCCGUUAUCUCACACAGGCGCAGUAACCUUAAAGCUGAAUUAGAGGCAAUGACUUGGCGGGUUAAAUGGGAAGACAUUACAUUUGGAACGAAAAAAAAUAAACGAAUAGAUAAAGGUUCCAGCCGACUGAGUUUAUAUCGGUGUGGCUCUAUGGGCAGCUCAAUAUCUGGAGAUACAAUUGCAGUACAUCUAAGUGAUAUGGGAAGCAAGCAGAUGUUUAUUCGGACAGGAUGUUAUAAAGGUUCCAUUGUAGCAAUAAAGAAAAUAAACAAAUCCUAUGUAACUGUAAACAAACCUCUCCUUAUGGAAAUUAAACAUAUGAAAGAUUUAUCCAGCGACUACAUUGUUCGGUUUAUUGGAAGCUGUAUCGACCCACCAAAUAUGUGUUUAUUAACAGAAUAUUGUCCCAAGGGAAGUUUACAGGAUGUAUUAGAAAACGAGGAGAUGAAGCUGGACAUGAUGUUUCGCUAUUCACUGAUGCAAGAUAUUGUCAGGGGCAUGGCCUACCUCCAAGGCAGUGAUAUCAAGAGUCAUGGUAACUUGAAGAGUUCCAACUGUGUCAUCGAUAGCAGGUUUGUGUUGAAAGUCACAGAUUUUGGUCUUCACUCGCUGCGAGAACACGAUUAUACUGCUGAAACGGACACCUAUGCUUAUUAUAAUAGACUACUGUGGACAGCUCCAGAAUUAUUAAGGAUGCAAAAUCGACCAUUAGGAGGCUCAGCUAAGGGUGAUGUCUACAGCUGGAGCAUUAUAUGUCAAGAAAUUAUCUAUAGAAAAGGUGUCUUUUACUUUCAUCAAAACCGCAAUGAAAUGAGUCCCCGAGAGAUCUACCAAAAAGUGGUAAAUGGGGUGAGACCAUAUUUUAGGCCAGGUCUGGAGAACUGUGACUGUCCAACUGAUGAACUGGCCAUCAUAAUCCGCAAAGGUUGGUCUGAAGAUCCAGCGGAGCGACCAGACUUCCAUGCAUUAAAGGGGAUGCUCAGAAAAUUGAACAAAGAUGGUGAUAACAUUUUGGACAACCUACUAUCGCGUAUGGAGCAAUACGCUAAUAAUCUGGAAACAUUAGUAGAGGAAAGAACUGCUGAUUAUCUUGAACAGAAGAAAAAAGCUGAAGACCUUUUAUAUAACAUGCUUCCGAAGUAUGUAGCAACUCAACUAAUUAAAGGUGAAGCAGUAACAGCCAAAUCUUAUGAAAGUGUAUCGAUCUACUUCAGUGACAUUUGUGGAUUUACAGCAAUGUCAGCAGAGAGCACACCUCAUCAGGUUGUGGAUCUCCUAAAUGAUCUUUACACGACAUUUGAUUCAAUAAUUGAAAACUAUGAUGUAUAUAAGGUGGAAACCAUUGGUGAUGCAUACAUGGUUGUAUCUGGUGUUCCUAUAUUGAAUGGUAAUCUCCACUGUAGAGAAAUAGCCAGGAUGUCUCUUGCCUUGUUGAAGGCUGUCAAAACAUUCCGUAUUCGACAUCGACCAAAUGAACAAUUAAAGCUUAGAAUAGGCAUUCACACAGGUCCUGUUUGUGCUGGGGUCGUUGGAUUAAAAAUGCCCAGAUAUUGUUUGUUUGGAGACACUGUUAACACAGCAUCAAGGAUGGAAUCUCAUGGCCAUCCUUUGAAAAUUCAUGUAAGCCCUCAGUCAAAAGCGAUUCUUGAUAAGUUCCAGACCUUCAUACUAGAAUGCCGAGGACCUGUAGAAAUGAAGGGCAAAGGAAAGAUAACUACUUAUUGGCUUCUAGGAGAACACCCAGGGUCUGAUGGCAAUGUGAAUCAAAGUUCAGAACAGAUAUCACAACUACAGAUAUCACAACCAAAUUCCCAAAGCUGAAAAUCCUGGAAAGUCACCUUCAACAACCAAAGCAUCAUUAAAUCCACAAAUUUAGACUACAAGACAUGAACACCCACCAGAACUUUCUCUUACAUUUCUCUUGCUAAAUAUUUUCAUUGAACAUGUUGGAAAAAAAAAAAAAGAGUCUAACAAGAAAUAAUUAUUAUUAUUGAUUACAAACGAAAGGAAGAGAGGCCAAAGUAAAAUGUUUUAAUCACUCUGGACAAUAACGGAAAGCAAAAACAGAAGGAAAAAAAAUAUAUAGAAUAAAGACAGACAAAAAAAAAAAAA